CUACAUCAGAAUAGCAAGUGUUCUUCCUCUUGGAAUCAUUCACAAGCAAGGGCAGAGAGGAAGAAUCCAGCAUUUUGAGCAGCAGGCUUUCCACAGAGGUUCGUUACCAUGGUGUUGACGACUUCUUUUUGAUAAGUCACUAUUUUCUAAUCCAACAGUGUUUUAUAAUGCAGGUACGAUGGCUGUGAUUCAAUCCUAUUCAUUCAAAGAUUUCCAAAUAACACUUGGGGAAUUUGCCUAAACCUAAGACAAGAAAUAAUCUUGUAGUUCAGUAUUUUCAGUCAUCAAGCAGCUACUGAUGCUACUCACAGCUCUGCUUAUUUUGUGGUCUUGGUGCCAUUGUGACCUCAAGCUGUAGCUCAAAUCAGUCCAAUGCAACAGGAGCUUCAAGAACAGCAGCACAAAAUGAUGUCUUAACUGGUCGGGAAAAGAAGGCACAUAUUUUCAAGAAUUUCCCUUCAAGAUGACAAGUGGUACAAACUCUUCAGAACCUUGCUUGUCCUCAAAAAAACAGAUUAUUUUAUCUCUUCCCACAGGAAUCCUAGAAUGGAUGACAACUACUUGAAAGAAUUGAAUGAAGACUUAAAGUUAAGGAAGCAGGAACUUCUAGAGAUGCUAAAACCUCUAGAAGAUAAGAACACUCUCUUACUCCAGAAGCUAAUGGCUAACUUGGAGGAAAAACAAAGAAGUCUGCAGAUCAUGAGGCAAAUCAUGGCAGGAAAAGGAUGUGAUGAAUCUUCAGUCAUGGAGCUUAUUAAGGAAGCAGAGGAGAUGAAACAGAACCUGGAAAAGAAAAACAAGAUGCUCCGGAAGGAAAUGGAGAUGCUAUGGAACAAGACAAUUGAGUCAGAAGAGCUCCAGAAUCAACAGAAAGCAGUCCCAACAAAGCCCAAAGCAGACUUGAAAGAUGGAAAGGAAAAGCAACAGAGGAAAAUAGAAUGGGUCAAAUAUGAGGAACAUCCCAACAUCCUUCAGAAUGGCUUCCAUGGCAAAGUGAUUGAGCUGAGAAUUGAAGCCUUGAGGAACUACCAGAAGGCCAAUGACCUAAAAUUAUCACUGUACCUACAGCAUAAUUUUGAGCCAAUGCAAGAAGCUUUGAAUCUUCUGAGGCCUCAAGGUAAAAUGGGUACAACUACAGAGAAAGCAACAACCAACAGAAAUGAGCCCAAUAUGACAAUCCCAAGAUCAAAGAACUACACAGAACAGCAAGAAGGAUCUACAGAAAGUCAGUCUGAUGAUGUUGGAGAGAGGCUCUUUUUUCUGAGGUCAAUGCCAGAUGAAGUUCUGAAGGAUUAGAAGGCUUUCACUCCAUUUGCUUUGGACAGAGUUAAAGACUAGGUACAGCCAUUUCUGUUCAUUAAAAUCUCUCAAACCUU